AUGCGCCGCGGCAUGCAGCUCUUCAGACAGGGAGAUGUUGCUGGAUCAUUGGCAGAAUUUGAUCGAGCAAUCGAGUUGGAUUCUCGGCAAAAGGCAUAUCUUUGGCAGAGAGGGUUAUCUUUAUACUAUUUGAAUAGAUUUGAAGAAGGGGCUGAGCAGUUCCGGCUGGAUGUUGCUGCCAACCCCAAUGAUACUGAAGAGUCGAUAUGGUGUUUCUUAUGUGAAGCUCAGCUGUAUGGCGUGGAUGAAGCAAGGAAGCGUUUCCUGGAGGUUGGUCGAGACCCAAGACCUAUAAUGCGUGAUACCUAUCUUAUGUUUAGAGAUGCUGGCGACCCAGAGAAGCUUGUUUCAACAUUUUCAAGAGGACGAGAGAAUGAGUACUUCUAUUCCUCCUUAUAUGCUGGCCUUUUCUAUGAAUCCCAGAACGACAUGGACUCUUCGAAGCAUCAUAUUCUUGCGGCGUGCAAAUCACCGUAUGGAUUGAGAUCGGAUGAUUACAUGGCUUCGCUUGCGAGGGUCCAUUGUCAAUGUCGCAACUGGAGCCUUAGCUGAAGCUGUUCUCGAAAUAACAAAUCGUCAACGAUGCUCAUACAAAAGGAUAUUGUUGAGAUAACAAAUCGUCAAUGAUGCUCAUACAAAAAGAUAUUGUUGCUGAGUAGUGUAUCAAAAUGUAAUAUUAUUGAUAUAUUUUGAUCGAUUAAAGUAUAGAAUGUACUCAGUUCAUGCCGACAAUCACCUGCGGCAUUUGCAGCAUACUUGUUUUCCAAAUAUCUUGAAAUUAUCUACAGUUGAGGGGUCUCUGUACACAAGCUGUUUAUUACAUCAAACAACAACAAAUUAGCUGAA